AUGGGAAACUGCCUAGUUUUGCAAGACAAGUUCAUCAGAGUCAUGAAAACAGAUGGCAAAACCCUUGAAUACAAAGCACCCAUGAAAGUCCAUCAAGUGCUGUCAGAAUUUUCCGGCCAUGCAAUAUCCGACACACUUCCCGUUGUCCACCAUCUCCAGCCAGGCACCGAUAUGCUGGGCGGUCACACAUACUAUCUUCUGCCUCUUCCUGUGCCCCCUGUCAACAUGAAGAUGGUCAAGUUCUCGAAAGCAGCUGUAGAAGCUGUAGAAGAAACCGGAAUUGUGAGGAUUAAGUUGGUGAUCACUAAGCAAGAGCUGGAGAUGAUGUUAAGAAAAGGAGGAGUUUCAGUUAAUGACAUGGUUUCUCAGUUCCAACAAAAACACAGCACCAAUGGACUAUCUAAGUUUGAUGAUGACAGCAAGGACUGUAAAGGGUGGAAACCUCUGCUGGAAAGCAUACCUGAAGCAAACUAG